AUGCCUCGAAUGAGGGCAAACCGAGUAUUGCGCCUAACCCUAACCCCAAUCCCGAUCACCCAGGGGAUCUUCCAGACCGUCUUGAAAGGGUGGGACGACAUCGAAUGGACAGAGUGCAGCGACCUCGAGCAGUACAUGAAGCAAUACCAGCCCCGUCUCAUGAACUUCAGAUACCGACUCCUACGGCUCGCACUCGUGCAACCUCAGGGUCCGGGACCGGACAAACGGCUGUUCGUCAUGACAGCGCAGCACAUCAUCUACGACGCCCUCUCGCGAAUGAUGCUCUUCCGGGAACUGGGUAAGGGGUACGAGACAGCGUAUUUCCCCGAACAGACGCCCCCCCGGGAUAAACCGGGCAUCGAGGACAUGUACGCCUGCACGACGAUUUUCAUUCCGAUGCGCGUCCACGUUGACCCGGCCCAGCAGGUCGUGGCCCUGCUCCGGGAGGCGCAGAGGUUGAAGCCGGCGGCAAUCCCGUUUGAGCACCUCGGAUGGCUCGGGCUGCGGGAACCAUAA